AUGGGUGUCAUCCGUCUCCCCCGUCCGACAGCCCUCUACGUCCCCAACCCCAACUCCCCUCCAUCCCCUUCAUCCUCUGCCUCCUCGUCAACCCGCACCCUCACCCCCGACAUGAUCUCUCCACCGCUCUCCCCCGACUUCACCUUCGACUCGGAGACCCUGCCGGCCUCCAGCCUGCCCGCCCUCGAAUACAUCUCCUCUAAGCUGCAGCAGAAAAUGAUGCAUGUCACGCUGCUCGUCGGCCGCGGGAAGCCCUAUCCCACCGGCACGCCCUCCGACCUCAUGGUCAUCCCCAUCAGCCCGCUGGACCCGACCUCGACGCGGAUCCUGCACCGCACCGUGGCCAAGGGCGCCGCCAAGUUCUCGCUCGGACAGAGCUGGACCGACGCGCUGGCCCGCGCCCAGUACGAGCGCCACGCCAACGAAUACCUCAUCCAGCAGUCCAUCAUGCAGAACGAGGUCGUGUUCAGCCGCGAGGGCCUCACCCUGCUGAACGUCGACCGCAUCUACACAUUCAAGCGCCGCCUGUGCAUCCUGUCGUCGAAAGGCCCGCACGUCGAGGACGAGUAUGUUGGCUCGUGCGUGAAGCUGCUGCACCGCACCAUCCAGGACUUCCAGGGCCGGCCGUUCAGCAAGGCGUUUUUCCAUCGCGUGUACGAGCAGCUCGACGUCCGCGACGAGCUGCUGAUGCACAUUGCCGCCGUGUAUCGCCGGUGCUAUGGCGUCGAGGGCAUCCCCCUGCCCGCCAAACCAAGCGCGGCCACCCGAUCGGUGCGGAAAUCGCCCCUGCGCGGCGCCAUCCGGUCGCCGCGCGAGUCUGGGCCGCCGCGAUCGCGGAUGCCGACGAAACGAGGCCCCAAGACGCCGCAGUCGGCGUCGGACGUGACGCCCAUCACGCGGAACGAGUGGAACAUGCUGGUCGGGACGGACUUCCGACACGCCAAGCCGACCGUGACGAAGUGGACGCCGUCGCCGACGGUGAUGGCGGCGGCGUGA